UUUCCCCAUUCAAUCAGAGCAAUUUAAUAAUGUUUUAUUGAGAAUUUCUCUCUCUCUCGCUCGCUCUUUUCUCUCUCGCUUUAUCGAUUAGGGUUUGUGUUGCCGGUUAGAGAAUCUUAGAAAUCACAAUGGCGUCGACUUCGAAGAAGAUAAUGUUAAGGAGCUCCGACGGAGAGGCGUUCGAGGUGGAGGAAGCGGUGGCGGUUGAGUCGCAGACGAUCAAGCACAUGAUCGAAGACGAUUGCGCCGACAACGAGAUCCCUGUCCCCAACGUCACCAGCAAGAUCUUGGCCAAGGUCCUCGAGUACUGCAAGAAGCACGUCGAUGCAGCCGCCGACAAGGAAAAGAUCCCCGAGGAUGAUCUCAAGGUGUGGGAUGCUGAUUUUGUCAAGGUUGACCAAAAUACCCUCUUUGACCUGAUCUUGGCUGCGAACUAUUUGAACAUCAAGAGUUUGUUGGACUUGACUUGCCAAACUGUUGCUGAAAUGAUCAAGGGGAAGACACCCGAGGAGAUUCGCAAGACCUUCAACAUUAAGAAUGAUUUUACCCCAGAGGAAGAAGAGGAGGUUAGGAGGGAGAACCAGUGGGCAUUUGAGUGAUUGGGAAGCGUCAAAUCAAGUGUUCAUAUUAUGAUAGCAAUGUCGAUAUUAUCAUAGGUUCUGCUGUUCUUGGGUUUUACCGGUAGGUUGUUAAGAUGGGGAAAGUUUAAACAUUGGAUUUUUCUUUUAGUUAUUUUGUUUUAUGUUUUAGUUCUUGGUUCUAGAGGAUUUUAUAUAAACCUCCAUUAUCAUAAUAUAUGAAAAGUUUCAUAUUUCCAUG